AUGAGUAAGAUAGAAUUGAUAACCCAGCCGGCUGAUGAUGAGAACAUGUCGCGCAGCGAGUCGUUGGAGGCCACCCUCGAGAAGUUGAAGAAGUUGGUUGACGACAACCCCGUGCCCAGUGGGGACGACGACGACGACGAGGGUGUGAGUGCUAAGGAGGCAGCACAGGAAAUCCGCAGAAGUCCCAGCCCGACCCGCGAGUUCUCACACGAGAAGCUCAAGGAGUUUGCCGGCACCGAAGCCAAUAAGGACGAUGAGGACGAACAGGAGUACGAUGACGACGGGUUCGCCAUACCCCAGGGAAAGAUUCCCAUCGACGGCCAUUUUUCCACCCGCGAGUUGCAAGAGUUGGUGGAAAUCGCCCAGCUGGAAGGGUACUUGAACGAUGUUGACUUCAAGGUUGUGGAUCACAACGAGACGUUGGGCGACAAGGUGGUGAUAGCCGACCACGACAGGAGCUCCGAGGGCAAGAAGUACGGAGAGGACGAGGAACGCAAGGACGCGAAGAAACAGAAGGAACUGAAGGAGCAUUCCAGCGAGCGUUCCGGCGAGCACCCCAAAUGA